AAUAGAUGACACAAUUUAAAAAAGAACAUGCCAUGGAUGACCAGCUUGUAGGAGAAAGAAGCCUAUUCAUUUCAAAAGGACUACAUUUUGGUGAACAGUGGGAAAACACUGCGUCUGUGAUGAAAGGAACAUUCUAGUGAAAGGAGACAGCUAUCCAACUUGCUUGCCCUGUCCAGCCGAUCAAAUCGUCACUUUCGAUGGGAGUAGUUGCAUCAAGUGUAUGAACCUGACUGAUGUGUUAGAUGCAGACAAUUCAUCCCAAUUAUGUGAAUCUAAUCUGUGUGUUUCCAAUGAGAUCAUCGUGGAUCGGGAUAUAAAUGGAAAGCUGUUUGAAACAAGGAAGUGUAUUCCUUGCGUUGGAGACACCAAACCAUCAGCCGAUCGCAGACGCUGCGAACCAUGUUCUCCUUUCACUGUAAACUGUACAUGUCCGAGUCUGACGCAUGAGAUAAUCUCGAAGCAGUUUUGUAUACCCCGGAAUGCGCUCUCUCAGUGGCCAGAUGAAGAAGGUGCAUACCACAUUCACUAUGACUUUAUACCGAGCAUUGAUUCCCAGUAUCUGCGGGCGCACCUCCGCUCAGCACUUUUUAAGUGCACCAAGCUAAAAGAGCGAUCAGCAUGUCAAGCGGUUGGUAAUAUGUGCGUUCUAAGCAUGUACAAAGACUCUCACCGUGGUGGACCUUGCCGCUUAUUUCGAGAUGCUCGUCAUAUCCCUACAAGUGAAAAUGAGGUGAUUCCAUGGAUUUAUUAUGCAGAAGGAGAUGCCGGAACUGUUCUGCACCGCAAAAAAAUAACGUCUCGCUAUCGGCUUCAAGAAGAGUCGCCACUCAAUACCCUUAAUUUUACAGUAGCUAAAUAUACAUCGGAAGGCGAGCUUUCGAGUCUUCAGCCGUUAGAAAGCAGUGAUUUGCAACUAUGUCCUGGUUCACUAGAAACAUUAAAUUCGGCCUUUAGGGUUGGGGCCUGGUACCAUCAUUCGUGUAGUAUACCUAUUAGUCAGUUACUUAAAUCAUUCCCCACCUUGGAAUUUUUUGACAUAUACCUGCAAUUUUAUGAGGAAGGAGUCUCUAAGUUGUAUGCUGUUCCUGUGCUUUUAAAAAAUUUAAAACAAGGAAAUAAAUAUCCUAAUCAAGGGGCAGAUAUUCUGCAAUGGCAACUGACACGUCGUUUCUUUUUGGUUGACAGCCUAAGUGGCAUUGAGAACAGAGUGGAUACAUUAGCAGCUGUUCGGUUCCUGAAGUCUGUUGUUCUUCAAGUGAAAAUGUUGCAUGAAGUAGAGGAAGAAGGCCGGAUUUAUCCCCCACUGCUGAUUCUCGAAUAUGCUGAGUUGAAAGGAGAAGAAGUGGAAAGCAAUUUGAAUGUGAAUUUGUCAUUCUCUGUUGAAUUCAUCAUGGAAAAUGACCUUCCACACAUAAUUGACGUCAGCCUUGGCGUUUCAAGUGCUUUUGCUGUUGUUUGGUCUGCAAUUCAAACAUGGAGCUACUCGCGCCGCAAUGGACGUGUCACAAUCGAUGCUGUCACCUUGACUGAACUCCUCUUGAUAUCAUGUGGUCAUUUAGCCAACAUGUUUUUUGUGAUCAUGACUUGCGCAUCUCUCUUUGUCCUUGUCUAUUACAAGGGGCAAAGUGUUACUCAUAUACUACUUCCGACCUCAGCGCAAGAGUAUUUCAUAUACAAGUAUGUGAUGGCAGCUUUUUUAUUGAAAACCAUUGAAAUAGUACGGUUAGUGUGGCGGCAAGUCACCAUAGACAUUUUUCUAAUUGACUGGGAGAAGCCACGGGCUACUGGUAAUGCGACCUCACAGCCAAUCAGCAUCUGGAGAACUUAUUUCAUUGCAAAUGAGUUCAAUGAGAUACAGACAAAGAGAAAGACCAAUCCGUACAUCCAGCUCCUUUUGACUGUUUUUAUACUGAACAUUAUCGGAGUCGAGCAUUGGGCUUUGGCCCAUCCAAAACUUUUUUUGUCAGUUCCAAAUACUCAGAAAAACACACCGUACAGUGACACACUGCGAUUUGCCUUGGGCGUGUCCAUUUUUAUUGCUGUAUACUUGCUCCAGUACUUCUUCAUUGUCUGUAUUUAUGAAAGAUACAUAAAGAAUGAGAUUCAACAGUUUAUCGAUGUAUGCUCUAUCGCAAAUAUUAGCGUUUUCAUAUUAGCUUUUGAAAAUUACGGAUAUUACAUUCACGGCAGGUCAGUCCAUGGGUUUGCUGACACCGACAUGUAUACAAUCAUCUCACAACUUUGCCGUGAGGAAGAGGAUCUUGUUGCUCACCGAGGGUUGAUCCCAGCAUCAGACCAACAGACCUUCCAGAUGUACAUCCCUCCGCAGUUGCGUGCCUAUUACUCCCAGGUUAAAGCUCCUCUCAUGAUGGGUCUCCAAUUGAAGCACCUCCCUAUCACUGUAUCAGCAGCUUUCAAAAUCAAAAUGUUGAACAGUAGUUUUGAUGUCAAUCGAAGCGUUCAAGCCUAUCACAAUAUGAACAAGUUUUUAGCUGCAUUCCUUGAGCAUGCCUUGAAAGAUUUAGACUAUGAGGUUAAAGAUAAACAAUUUAUGGAGUCAUUGUUGGAUAUUGAAUUUUUAGAUACCUCAGAUAAAGGUAUUUUCUAUUAUGAUAAUGGCCAUUCAUUUGAUGAUGUCAUGUUCUAUGGAAAUGAGUUUACUCUGUUCACAUUUGACAUCAUCCUGUUUUCUUGCUGUCAGAUUUUUUCUCAAAAUUAUCUCUUGUCUGCCAUCUAUACUGCAUUUGUGGCCAAGUUGAUAACUGUAUUCAGAAGUAUCUGGGGGCGGAAAAAUUUAGCUAAAAAAACCUUAAUUGAUGAAAGGUUUUUGAUUUGAAUCAUAUGCAUCUAGAAGCGGAAGCCUUUCAGUCUCAUGAUUGGUUAUCCUGGAGAUUUGAUAACUCCAUACUAAUACUUCCAAUAGAGCUCUUGCAUGCUGUGAAGAUUCGUAAUUUAAAUACUUCAUUAUGGGUACAAUUUAGGGAGGAACACUAUUACGUCACUGGUUUUUUCUAAAGCCGGAAUUACAUGCUGAAUGUGGCUCGAAUGUGGAAGUCAUUGGCCCAGCUCGAUGCUUGAAUUUUGCGCGUGUCACUCAACAUUCAGCAAUAAGGCUCAGCAACCAUUGGAUAAUGUCAGAUUUGUCCGAACUGUUCGAAUAGAUUUAGUACAAAUCUGGAUGAAAAUAACUCUAAUUUGGGAAAUUUCAGCCGUUGAGCGAUGACUGUUGACUUCCAUAUUCAGCUGCCAAAUUCAGCGUGUGAUUCCAGCAUGAAACAAAGUUCCUAGCUUUUAAAAUUCUCAGCCUGAGGCCAUAAUGGAGGGAUCUCCUCUGUUAAGAGGAGAAACCAUUCCUAUAUCGAGUGAAACUGUCUGUACACAGUAAGGCGUCCCAAAAUAAGUUCGACCCUGAAAAAGUUACGCUUUCUGGGUAAAAAAGUGUUCCAUUUGGUUAGAAAACACCUUAGGCCAAGUUUCAGAUUUAUAGGUGAAGUUUUAGUGCGUGGCCAAAGGUGUUUUCUAACCAAAUGGAACACUCUUUUAACCAGAAAACGUAACUUUUCCAGGGUCGAACUUUUUUAGGGACACCCUAAUACACAGAUUGGGAGUGAAUACAUCAGUAGGGUUGCCAUGGCUGCAGUCUUAAUUCACUCCUUAUCUGUGCGCUUAGAAUUUGAUUAGCUGGUUCUAAAGGAGGAUCCUCAACAGAACGUAAGGGAUCCCCUCCAUUAAGACCUCCACUUUUAAGAGCUCCUUAUGAGCUUCGAAGUUUGUUUCAGAGAGAAUCAGUGACGCCAUCAUCUUUCUUGCAAAAUUUGAUGUAGGCUAAAAUACUUAAAUGGCAACUCUCCACAGCAUGCAAAUACUCCUAAUUCUUUUUUGAGUUCAUCAUUUUCAUCUGCAUAUCAGGUAAUUGUUGAAAAACCGGGUAGAGAAUUUCUCCCUAAGUUUGUGAUAAACAAAAUGUAUUUCAAAACUGAAACAGAAAACUGUUGCUCCAGUGCAAAUUGGUAUUUGGGAACUUUAUCUUCUGGGGGGCUCGGAGGACAAGGCGCAUAUGAAGGCGUAUCUGUAAAAAGGGCAGAUGUAGAGUUUUUCAGUUUUCAGAAAAACACUCUCAAAGUUUUCAAAGCUCUGCAUUUUGACUCCAUUUGAAAACAUGAGGAUCUGGCUUAAGGAUUUUAUGUAGAACAAAACCUUCCCUAGAAAACCUUUUCUAGACUUUUUGUUUCCAAGCAAAACUUAAAGAGCUACAUCAGGUUGAAUAAAAAACAAGAUCCGCCGUU